GGCAUGGAUGAAUGCUGAAGCAACUUGUUCGUUUGCAACGCGAAGUCUUAAGCUAAAGGUAAAGUUAAGCGUGUGGAGGUACAGGUCCAGACAUUCGCAACCUCAGCACUAGGUGGAGGUACAAUAAUAUUGAAGGAUGUUCGUCUUAUCUUGCUACAUCGGGUGCCUGCUGACUGCAAUACGGGCUCAACAACCACCACACAUAAUUUUUAUAGUUGCUGAUGAUCUGGGUUGGAAUGACGUCAGUUUCCACGGAUCGGAUCAGAUUCCGACGCCAAACAUCGACGCCCUAGCUUACAAUGGCGUAAUUCUAAACAACUACUAUUCACAACCAACAUGCACACCAUCGAGAACGGCGUUAAUGACAGGUCGCUACCCUUUCCAUUCAGGUAUGCAAGGAAGGCCCAUUUUGAACUCAGAACCCAGAGGGUUGCCUCUUCAAGAGAAAAUUCUGCCGCAGUACCUGAAAGAGUUAGGUUAUGUCACGAGGGCCUUUGGUAAAUGGCACCUAGGAUUCUACAAGAGGGAGUUCACACCAACAUACCGCGGGUUUGACUCUCAUCUUGGCUACUGGGGAGGAUAUACAAGUUACUAUGAUCACAUUCUGGAAGACAUGUAUCCAGAUGGAAGAAGCUUGAGUGGCCACGACUUACGGCACAAUAUGGAAACGGUUUGGCAGCUGGACGGAGAGUACGCAACUGAUAUGUUCACGAGUGUCACUGUGAACACAAUCAGACACCACAACACGAGCAACCCACUGUUCCUGUAUGUGGCCCACCUGGCAGUGCACGCAGGCAAUGCGGGAAAGCCGUUAGAAGCUCCACAGGAGACCGUGAACAAUUUCGCGUACAUUCCUGAUCCCAACAGAAGAACUUACGCCGCCAUGGUGUCAAAGCUGGAUGACUCUGUUGGACAGAUAGUGGGUGCCCUGAUGGAAAAAGGCAUGCUCGGGAAUUCAAUAAUCGUCUUUGUCUCUGACAAUGGUGCUCCAAGCGUUGGGGACUAUCAGAACUGGGGCUCAAAUUAUCCACUCAGAGGGAACAAGGGGUCACUGUGGGAAGGAGGUGUGCGGUGCAUUGGUCUGGUCUGGAGCCCAUUAAUAAACAACUCUCAUCGAGUAUCCAAUGAGCCAAUGCAUGUGACAGACUGGCUGCCUACAUUGCUCAGUGCUGCAGGCAGAAACCUCUCUGAACUUGCCAAUAAACUUGAUGGUGCUGACCAAUGGAGCAGCAUUAGUACUAACCACACAUCUCAACGCAAACAUCUGAUAAUUGAAAUAGAUGAGGUGAUGAAAACAGCAGCCAUUAGGGACAGAGAAUGGAAACUGGUAAUUGGAUCAUUUGGCACCAAUGGCUCAAUUGAUGGUUACUAUGGAGAAAAAGGACAUGAAGCGAGAAAUCCGGCGUACAACAUUUUGGCAAUUACAAAUAGCACAGUUGCUACAUCAAUCGCACGAUAUGGACAUACAGCUACUGACACUGAAAUAAAUGAACUUCGGAAUUCGGCAACAGUGAAAUGCCUUUUUGAUGGCCAAUAUCCAGUUACAGACUGCAACCCUUCUCAAACAAGGCAACCAUGCUUGUUUAACAUUGUUUCAGAUCCGUGCGAAAUGCAUAAUUUAGCAAGUACGAAAGAAGCAACUCUCAGACAGUUGUACCACAUGCUGGUAGAUGAGAAAGAGAGUUUAGUUCCUCAACUUACUAAACCACGCGAUUUUGAUGGGGCAAACCCUGCAAAAUUCAACUACACAUGGAGUUCAUGGCAAGACUGAACUUGUGAAAAACU